UCAGCCUUGAAUCAUACUUUCCUAAGCGAAUAUAUAAUACCAUUUUAGAGAAAUAAAACAAAAUGAAAUUCAUGGGAAUGCUUAUUCAAAUGGUGAUGAUGGUGAGCAUAGCAGGAUGCCUUGCCACAGUUGCUUAUGCCGCUGAAGGGACAGCCACUUACUACACUCCGCCUUACGUCCCCUCUGCGUGCUAUGGAUACGAGAACAAGGGAGUGAUGAUAGCAGCAGCAAGCGACGCCCUAUGGAACAACAGGGCUGCGUGUGGAAAAAGGUACAGGGUCAGGUGCAUCGGAGCCACUAACCAAGGGAUACCCCAGCCAUGCAAGAGUGGCAGCGUUGUCGUAACGAUAGUUGAUUACUGUCCACCAGGCUGCCAAGGAACUAUUGAUCUGUCCCAGGAAGCUUUCUCCCAAAUUGCUGAUCCCAAUGCUGGCAAAAUCAGGAUUCAAUAUACCCCGGCAUGAGGGAAGUUGGAGGUGGAACGUUAAUAUAUAUAUAUAUAUAGGUUAAAAAAAAAAAGAGAAUAAAGGAUGAUGUUGUAUCCAUUUAUGCCUUCAUGUAAUGUAUGAAUAUGCAUUUUAAUAGACAAAAUAAAU